ACUGUCUGGUCCCGUCUUUGUGGGCUGAGUGCAGUGCAGCAGCGGGACGUGCCUUGAAGUUGAGGGACUUUUUAAACGCGGUCCAAAAAAGACACUCCUGCACAGUCCGGCCGGUGUGCGCAUCCGUGCGUCAGGCUGCAGUUCACCUGAAAGCCACCAGACCAGCUCGAACCGAACCAUGGAUUCCUGGACACUGGCCUCUGCGCUUCUUCUCACAGGCUUUAUUUCUUCCGCGGCUUACAGUCAUUUUGACACCGAGUGUUACACAGCCAACGGUGUGGACUACAGGGGUUUCCAGAACCAAACUAGCCUGCAUGGUGGUAAGCCCUGCCUCUUCUGGAACGAGACCUUCCAGCAUCCCUACAACACCCUCAAGUACCCCAACGGAGAGGGGGGUUUGGGUAGUCACAACUACUGCAGGAACCCUGACGGGGAUGUUCAGCCGUGGUGCUACAUAGCAGAUCAUGAAGAUGGGAUCUACUGGAAAUACUGCGACAUCCGUACAUGCCAAAUACCUGGGAACUUGGGUUGCUUCAAAGACAGUGGUGACCCCCCAACCCUGUCCGGCCCCAGUGUGACCAACAACAAACUCACCAUCCAGAGCUGCAUAAGCUUUUGUAGGAAGCAGAGAUACAAGCUUGCCGGAAUGGAGUCGGGUUAUGCCUGUUUCUGUGGCAACGAAGUGGACUUGCACGAGCACACUGAGGCGCCUAUCACGGAGUGCAAUCACAUUUGCUUUGGCGACCAUACCCAGCCCUGUGGCGGGGACGGCUGGGUCAUCAUCUUUGACACCCGAGUAGGGACUUGUGGUGGGAACUACACAUCUCCAUCAGGAGUCAUCUAUUCCCCUGACUACCCAGACAAGUACGGGCCUAGCCGUGUGUGUUACUGGACUAUCCAGGUACCCGGAUCCUCUGCCAUCCUCUUCAAUUUCACCUUCUUUGACAUCUCCGACCAGACAGACAUGGUGGAGCUACUCGAUGGCUACACCAACCAGGUAGUGGCACGCUUCGACUGGCGCAGCCCGCCACGGGAGCUCGUCAACAUCACAGGCGACUUUGUCAUACUUUACUUCUACUCAGACCGCACCAACCAGGCUCACGGAUUUGCUUUGCUUUACCACGCAAUGAGAAGCCAGGAGAGUGGAAACACGGAGGCCGAAGGCGAGGACGACGUGUCCAGUACGGCGGGGCCUCAGCCAGAAGGUGGCGUCACUCAGAGGUCAAACAACGUCUCUAACGGACAGUCUUCUCAUAUCCUCUAUGUGAUCACGUCCAGCCCCGGCAAACCAGAGCGUAACAUGCCAGGUCAGUGGCCUGGGCGCAUCAAGACCAUCAGCCACAGCGCUAUGUGGACCAUCUACGCGCUGGCUGCCCUCCUCAUACUGACCGUCAUAGCUAUGGUGGCAAAACUGUUGCUGCACAUCACAGUCAAGUCCCCCAACAUCCCGACAAUCAGCGGUUCAGACAGCUGCAGCCAGAGUACAGCGUCAUCCGAGCCUUGGAUCAUCCUGUACCGACCGUCCACCAUCUCCCUCUUCAAGAAGAAGCUAAAGAACCACCACGGCGACCUCAGCCCCCUGGUGGGGAACUAGAACUACUGUGCUUCACUGUUAUGUAACGCUACGCCACCCACAACUACUCCGUACAAGGGCCGUGAGACACCAGGUCCUCGGACACUGAGAUUCUAAGCUAACAAGCCAAAAGCUGAGCGGUUAAAAACACUUGACUGAGGAACUGAUGCUAAAAAGUCCAUAAGCUGAUGAGGCCAGGCCCUCCUGUCACACUCAGCACCGAACAGGAGGAGGAGGACUGAGCUGUCAGGGACGGCUGUGGCGGGGUGGGGGGGGUGGAGGAGGGCUGGAAAGAGAAGAUCUGCAUACAUACAUCCAUCUUCAACUGCUUAUCCGGGAUCGGGUCGCCAGGGCAACAGCUCCAACAGGGGACCCCAACAAAAUGAACAAAACCGCAGGAAGCUGGUUUAGUUUGAAUCCUUCUCAUCGCUCGCAUUCCUACCAGUCAGCUGGGCUCCAACACCCAGGAUCAGCCAAGACAUCUGGAAGCUUCAGUGUCUGUUUAGAGUUCAGGAAUCACUGAUGUUCCCUCUUCCUGGUGAUCUGGAUUCAAAGCAGAAAACAACCUCAUCAUCAGUAUGACAGAGAGGGAGGAU